AUGCAGGCGGAGGCUUCGUCUUCCUUGGCUGCCACUCUACCUACCCCUCAGAGCGACGGUUCCAACAUGGAAUCGGUGUCAGUUUCUGGUCGUAUUGCUACGCCGCCGCCGCCGCCGUCACUGUCUUUGGAAAAGAGCCGAUCCGAGCCAAAAAAUAACGUGGAGGGUGGUAGCGGUAGACGACUGCGCAACAAGAUGGCCGCCAGCGAGGUGUUGCGACCGACUGAGCUCGAUGCUAACGCUGUGGAGAGUGCUUUGCUGCGAGAGCUUCAGCGUCCUCACCGAGAAAGCGCCCCAGGUACGAGCCCUCAUAGAAAAAGACAAAGAAUAAAUGGAGAUCGGUUCAUCCCAACUCGUUCUGGACAAGACCUGCAAGCUAGCUUCAGCCUUUUGCACGAAGACGGUUCUCCAGCUACUCCGUCAAAGCAGAAAAAGCGAACCCCUCAUGGAGAACUUCAUUUUCAAAAGACCGAGGAAGCAAACCGUACUUUCUCUACCCUUCUUCGUGCUGAGCUCUUUGCAAAUUCCGUGCCUCAGACAACCCCACCAGUCCUUUCUCCCGAAACAAAAACCAGGAAUUCGUCCGUGGCACAACCCACAGAUGGAAUAAGAGCCCACACCCCUCCAAACAACAGCCUCACCACAUCUCUCCCCUCAUCGCUCACGCCGUCAACACCUCACAAGAAUCUUUUCUCAUACAUGUCUCCGCGGCAUCUUGGCCAUGCAGCUGGGCAUCCUACCCCCUCUAAGACACCCCAGAGCCGGCAUGGUCCAAACCUGGAUACCAGAGCAGAGAUAUAUAGCCUGUCACCAGUUCGAUUCGGCAGUCAGCAGAUGCUCCUCAGUCCCCGCCGACAACCUCGAGCCGUGAGCAAGGUGCCGUACAAAGUACUCGAUGCUCCUGAACUAGCCGAUGACUUUUACCUGAAUCUGGUGGACUGGGGCAGUGCUAACGUCCUGGGAGUCGGCCUUGGGUCGAGUGUGUACAUGUGGAAUGCUCAAACAAGUAAGGUGAAUAAGUUAUGCACCUUGGAAGAUGAUACUGUUACGAGCGUCUCCUGGAUACAAAAAGGUACACAUCUCGCCAUUGGCACAGGCAAAGGUCUGGUGCAGAUCUGGGAUGCUGAAAAGACGAGGAGGCUGAGAACAAUGACCGGUCAUACUGCUCGAGUAGGCUCUUUGGCCUGGAACACUCAUAUUCUUACCUCGGGAUCUCGCGACAGGUUAAUAUACCACAGAGAUGUUCGGGCUCCUGAUCAGUGGCUAAGGAAAUUGGUGGGCCAUAAACAAGAGGUUUGCGGGCUGAAAUGGAACUGUGAGGAUGGUCAGCUUGCGAGCGGAGGCAAUGAUAACAAGUUGAUGGUGUGGGACAAACUAUCAGAAUCACCUCUGUGGAAGUUCUCAGACCACACUGCAGCUGUCAAAGCCAUAUCCUGGUCCCCUCAUCAGCGUGGACUCCUUGCUUCAGGCGGCGGCACAGCAGACAGGAGGAUUAUUUUCCACGAUACGGUGAAGGGAACUGUCGUCAACGAAAUUGACACCGGAAGCCAAGUUUGCAACAUUGCGUGGUCGAAGAACUCCAACGAGAUCGUAUCUACACACGGAUAUAGCCAGAAUCAGAUUGUGGUCUGGAAGUACCCGUCAAUGACACAAGUUGCCAGCCUCACUGGCCAUACAUACCGUGUGCUAUAUCUGGCGAUGAGCCCAGAUGGUCGUGUUAUUGUUACCGGCGCUGGCGACGAGACAUUGAGGUUUUGGUCGGUCUUUGGUCGUCGACCUGGAACGAGAGAAGAGGGAGAAGCAGGCGGUGGCAAGCUCGCGGACUGGGGUAUCAUCAGAUAA